AUGUGUAUCGACAUAUCCAUUUUUGCCUACCACCUCGCUGGAUACAGCGCAAUCGCUCUGACAUGGGAAGAAAAUGUCCAUUAUAUGGGAAGGAAAACCGUACAGCAUGUGCUCCGGAGGUGCCAACAAUGGGCCGAAUAUCGAACAUGUUUUUUGGGUUGUGUGUUAGGUUGCCGAGAACUAUGCUUAUCUGUAAAUCCUGAGAAGAAGAGGUCCUUGGGUGCUCCUUGGAGAGAGUGCCGCACAAGCUACAACUUGUGCAUUAAAUUGUCACUGCGGUCGCGGCAUAUAUUUCUGUUGAAGAUGUUGUGCGGAACAGUGCAUCAAUUUACUUCAUGA